AUGCGUGUCUGGACGCUACUGCUAAUAUUAUCAUUGAUAUGCCUGGAGGUGGCGGCAUUUGACUUUUUUGGCCUAUUUGGAGACAAUGGAGGGAGUAAGAAGAAGGCCAAGGUGAAGAAUGAAGAGCCGGUCGAUGAUAAGAAUGCGCAGGUAAGUUGGAGGAUAGACUGGCAAAUGUAAAAUACGAAAAAUUAUCCUAUUUGUUCAAAUAAUUAUGUGCCCCCUCACAAAGAAAAUUUUUGGAAUUAAAAAGCACAUAAUUAUUUGAACAACAAAAUAUAGUCAACCCUACGCUAAAACUAAUAAUUUCAGGAGUACUUAUACAAGUUUGGGUAUGCUGGACCAUCCCAAAUUCAAGAAUCUAGCUUCGGCCAAAAAGUGGCUAGUGUUGGGAAUACUUUCAAGUCGGCUAUCAAGUAAGUCAUCAAUAUAAACAAUAGUAUUUAGUUACCCUUUAUGCCAAACGAUAAGUUUCUAGAAUCAUGUUUAGGCGUAGACGUAAGGCUAACCUUAGGAAUAGGCUUCGGCAUAGUGUUAAGCUUAUGUUUACUAAAGAUUUGCAUCAAAAUCCGUCGAGUUUGAGAAAAAGACCUAUAUAGGAUGAAAGAGCAUAAAAUUUACUAAGAAAGACGUUUUCAAAGACUGCUAAUUAACCUUGGCUAGCGAGAUAUUAGCGGCAAAAGGAUUUACACAGGGUGUCUUACUUGAUACUUCUUAUAUGCCUUGAACUGUCAUAGUAGCAAAAUUCCAAAACUGAUGGUUUCAUACAUUCAUUUUGCUCAAGGCGAAUAAGAAGGAUCAAGCACAACACUCUAUGUCAAUCCUUUGGUCGCUAAUAUCUCGCUAGCCAAGACCAAUUAGCAGUUUUUGAAAACGGUUUUCUUCUUAGCUUUUUAUGCUCUUUCAUCCUAUAUAGAUCUUGUUCUAAACCCUAGGGCUGUUUGGUGCAAAUCCCUUGCUAGCAAAGAAUCUAACUUACAAUUGUCAGCAAAAUUCAGUUCAGCCAAAUUUUAAAAUUUCUAGAUUAAAAAUAAGACCAAGAAUCUUUCAGAAAGUUCCAAGAAUUUGCUGGAAUCACUCAAACUGGAGAACUCGACAUCAAAACUCGAAAAAAGAUGGCAGAACCACGAUGUGGUAUGCUUGAUGUUCAGCCACUACAAGUUACGAGAGGUAGGACAAAUUUUUAGACAAAGAUUUAGUGAAACAAUAUUAAAAAACUAAAAAAUAUAACUCAAAAAGCCUUGAAAAUCAAGAAAAAAUACUCAAAAUAAAAAAGAAACUAUAGAAAACACAUCAAAAACUAAUGAAAUCAGCCAAAACGCUGACUUUUUCAUGCUUUUUUGCCAAAAAAAAGAUUGAAAAAUAUAUUUUCUGGUAGCAACUGAUAAGUGAUAAGAUAAUAUAGGUCUCACAAAUCCGUGUACUUUCAGAAGACGCCUAUAAAUGGAAGAAAAACCCCCUAACUUAUUCAAUUUUCACCUAUUCCACCGAUAUUCCACAUGAUCAAGUAACGUAAGUUCAAGUUUUCACCAGAAAACACGUCAUACUGACGUUAUUUUUAAAUUGCAACAGUAGAAGAAGAUUAUAGACAACAUGAAAGUACAUAAAUUUUGUGAUAAGCAUAGCGGUCAAGAAUUUAAUAGUCAUUGUUUCAAAAAUCUCCUUCCAGCCGAGCGAUCCGGAAAGCCUUUGACAACUGGUCGGAAGUGUCUCCACUCGACUUUACCGAAACCUCAAAUCACAAUGAGAACGCUGAUAUCAAAAUCAAGUUUGCCUCACGAAAUCACGGUGAUCCAUGGCCGUUCGACGGCAAAGGCGGCGUUCUAGCCCAUGCCACCAUGCCAACAAGUGGAAUGUUGCACUUUGACGAAGACGAGAACUGGGUAUUCAUGGAUGCGGAGAAGAUUGCCAACUACGGUUACACUGAUGUCUAUCCAGUAGCCAUUCAUGAGAUUGGUCAUGUUUUGGGCUUGGAACAUUCGAGGACGAAGAACAGUAUUAUGGCACCAUUUUAUCAGGAGACAGUCGAUGAUAAUGGCAAUUAUGUCAUGCCAAAGUUGUCGUCGUAUGAUAUUCAGUCCAUUCAGGAUCUUUAUGGUGAGUUCGAGGUCAUAAACACAUUAUAUUAUCUUGGAAAACGGACGAUAUUAGCCUAGAUCCAUGAAGAUUAAAGUCAGAAGGUAUUGUCCUUCUCAAUAUUAUCAUUGAUUUUUACCUAAAAUAAAUCAAAUCAUUACCCUUCAGGACCCCGUACCGGCCGUUUCCGUUCCACAGACACAUCUAGUGGAGGCAGCUGGGGUGGCAGUCGAUUAAACACAACUCCAAGACCACGAACGACCACUGAAUCCUCUGGAGAUGGCCUUUUCGGCAGUUUAUGGGCCAAAUGGACUGGUCGAGGUGGAAAUUCGGAUCGUGAUCGCAAUCGUACACCAAAGGAAUGGACUGACUGGGACAGUGGCAGAUCAUCAGGAUCGUCAAGCAACUCAGGAUCAUCAAACGGCGGUUCAGGAUCUUCUUUCGGCGGCUUUGGAUCAUUCUUAGGAGGAUCUAAAGGCGAUGAUGGAGCUACAACAACAUUAGGGCGAACUGACGAUGGAUUUGGAUCUAGUUCUGGCCGCUCCAGAGGCGGCUCAAGCUUUGGAGGAUCUAGUGGAUCUUCGUUUGGCGGAAGCUCCUUCGGAGAUUCUGGAUCUUCAUUCGGAGGUUCAGGUGGCAGUGGAAGUUUUGGAUGUCCAGGAAUGGUCGAUGCUGUUUCACCAAGUAAGAACACAAAAUAUUGAACAAAAAAGGUUCACAACACUUAAUAUUAUCAUACCCAAGCAGGCAUUUUCAUUUAUUCAAAUUUAAACAGACUUUUUAUAUUAUUAUAGACUAUCAGGUAGUAUAACAUCAAAAACAGGUCAAUUCACCCAAAUUUUUUCAAAAUUAAAAUCCAAAACCUACUAAAACAUUUUCUUUAGAUCCCGGAGGAACUGUUUAUCUAUUCUCUGGCAGUAAAGUCUUUGAAAUCCGCGACAAAACCAUCAUCAAAGAACAUUCGCUUCGGACACUGUUCCCCAAUGGCCCAAUCUACGUUGAAGCGGCGUAUUUGAACAAAAAUGAUCGUACCAUGGUGUUGUUCCAAAGCUACAAGGUGUAUGUGUUCACAUACUUUGCUGGCAGAUUCUCUCUUGACUUGAGCUAUCCGAAAUCGCUGCCAAGAACGUUGACUUUCAACCCAACUGGAGCUAUCACUUGGUCCGACGGGCAUCAAUUCAUCUUUUCGGUAGGUUUUGGCUGAAAAUAUGUAAUUAUGUAUGUAAAAGAAGGUUAGUUACGCCUUACUUUAUGUACAAAAUGAUGUUUUGAAGCAAAACGGCCGGCGGAAACUUCGAAAUUUGAUAAACUUUAUAAAAAGCAAAUCUUGACACGAAACUUAUUUUUGGGUCAAGAGUUCCACUUUGGUGAAACAGAUUUUUGAUGAUGGAAUAUCAAUUAAAAUCGACGUAAAACAACGUCAUUAGAUGUAAAAACCCUUUGAAAUUACUUUCCAAACAUUAAUCUAUCCAUUUUCAGCGUUCCGACGACUUUGCGACCUACGAUGAAUACUGGAACGAGGUAUUGAAGGAGGACAAGGUUUCUCGCUACUUCUCCGGACUGCCCAAAGGAAUCCGUGGUGGACUGCCCUCAUCUGGUGGCCGAAUGUCCGUGUUCACUCGUGACAAGGUGAUGGAAUACGAUACGAGUCGAAAAAUGGCGGUUGGAACGGGUCAAAGCCUCAGCUCAUACCUCCGGUGUUAA